GUGGCGGCCUAAGUUAGCCUCCCCUCUAUAAUUACCCCCGUCUCCCGGGCGGGCAGUCCCACCACCACCGUAUCUCUUCUCUCCUCUGUUCCUCUCGCACAACAGAAGAAAAACCAACUACCUCCUCCUACGCUCCGAUGGCCGCAGCGGUGGUCGACGCAGCGGUGCCGGUGGCGGCGAAGGCGAACGGCGCCGGGGCGAGGUGCUGCGCGGCGAAGGGGCCCGGGUACGCCACGCCCAGGGAGGCCAUGGAGAAGGGCCCGCGGGAGGGGCUCCUCUACGUCACCUGCGUCUACAAUGGUACUGGAAUCGACAAGCCGGAUUACCUGGCCACGGUGGACGUCGACCCAAAUUCAGCGACCUACUCCCAGGUGAUCCACAGGCUCCAGGCGACCCACAUCGGCGACGAGCUGCAUCACUCUGGCUGGAACGCCUGCAGCUCCUGCCACGGCGAUCCAUCCACGAGCCGGCGCUUCUUGAUUCUUCCUUCGUUGCUGUCUGGCCGUUUGUAUGUGGUCGACACUGCGAAGAAUCCGAGGGCGCCUGCUCUGCACAAGGUUGUCCAGGCUGAGGACAUUGCUGAGAAGACCGGGCUUGGGUUCCCUCACACAUCCCAUUGCCUUGCAACCGGUGACAUAAUGAUUUCUUGUCUGGGAGACAAGGAGGGAAAUGCUGCUGGCAAUGGCUUUCUCUUGCUGGAUUCAGAAUUUAACGUCAAAGGACGUUGGGAAAAGCCAGGUCACAGCCCCUUGUUUGGCUAUGAUUUCUGGUACCAGCCUCGUCACAAGACGAUGAUCAGCUCUUCAUGGGGAGCCCCGGCAGCUUUCAGGACAGGUUUUGAUCUCCAGCAUGUCCAGGAUGGUCUCUAUGGAAGGCACCUGCAUGUGUAUGACUGGCCUGGUGGUGAGCUCAAGCAGACACUGGAUCUAGGGAGCACAGGUCUUCUUCCGCUGGAGGUGAGGUUUUUACAUGAUCCAUCAAAGGACACUGGCUAUGUUGGCUGUGCUUUAACAAGCAACAUGGUGAGAUUCUUCAAAACUGCAGAUGGAUCAUGGAGCCAUGAGGUAGCUAUAUCCAUAAAACCGUUGAAGGUGCGCAACUGGAUACUGCCAGAAAUGCCAGGAUUGAUAACUGACUUUGUCAUCUCUCUCGAUGACCGUUAUCUCUACUUGGUCAAUUGGCUUCAUGGGGAUAUCAGGCAGUACAACAUUGAGGACCCUGCAAAGCCUGUGUUGGCUGGACAAGUGUUUGUAGGUGGGCUUCUUCAAAAGGGCAGUGAUGUUGUCUAUGUGACCGACGAUGACAAAGAAGAGCAGUAUGCUGUGCCUGAAGUCAAGGGGCAUCGGCUUAGAGGUGGGCCGCAGAUGAUUCAGCUGAGCUUGGAUGGCAAGAGGGUGUAUGUGACCAACUCUCUCUUCAGCCGGUGGGACGAGCAGUUCUACGGCCCUGACCUUCUCAAGAAGGGAUCUCACAUGUUGCAGAUCGACGUCGACACUGAGGAAGGAGGGCUGGCUGUCAACCCCAACUUCUUUGUUGAUUUCGGGACCGAGCCUGAAGGUCCCUCCUUGGCCCAUGAGAUGAGAUAUCCUGGUGGAGACUGCACCUCUGACAUAUGGAUCUAGGAGGAAGGGUGUAGGACACAGGCAGCUGGAGAUCCAUGGUGUUGAGCUCACUGUAAUUAAAAUGGUCUCUUCCCCGCCUGCGGUGUUGUAUGUGAUGUGGUAUCAAUUGGAAUAAGUUCCUGAUAGAACCUCUGACAUUGGCUUCAUGGGAGCUUUGGGCCCUAAUAAGAGUUGCCUCUGAUUCUGAAAUUUCUGAUG